CUCAGAGCUUGGCUUCAGAAGUUCUUAGCCUUUGUCAGGCCAGGAUGGGAGGGAGCGCGUUCGAGCGCGGCGCUGGCAAGGGAUGUCCUGGGACGGCUCCGAGCGACUUGGCAGCAGCCUGGCAUCAUCUCCCGUGCUCGAUCCCCACGGACAGACAUGUGAGGACCCAGACUCAGGAUGCCUGUCCCGGUUUCUAGGCGCCACCGUUUGGAAGAAACCCGAUCUGACCUGACCUGAGCAGAGCUUUCCGCAGCCCCCGCCCCCAAAGAAAGAGCACCCCGAGAUCUCGGGUGGGUAAAGUUGCAGUCCAAAGCUGUCGGGACUGGGUGAAGAACCGACUCCACAGGACAUGGAGGAAGCGGUCAUUAUGGACACGGAUUUGGCCCAAGUGCCCCAGAAAAGAGCUCUGUCUUCCCAGGAUUCUCUCCUUUCCCAAGAGAAGAACAAAGAAGAGGGAGAAACGACUGCCCUGCCCUUCUCAGCCCCAUUCCAGGAAUCAGUGACAUUCAAGGAUGUGGCAAUUGACUUUACUCCAGAGGAAUGGGGGAAGUUGGAUCCUGCACAGAGGGAUAUGAUGCUGAAGAACUAUAGGAACCUAGUCUCGCUUUGGCUUCCCAUUUCCAAACCUGAGAACUGCAACUUGGACAAUGAAAAAGAACUAUUGAAGCUUGAGAAAAAAGCCCCCAAAUAUAGUUACUCAGACAUGGAGACUAGACCUGAAAGUAAAGAUUCAACUUCAGUACAAGAAUUUUCCAAUGAAGAAUCACACCAAGUCACAAUAAUAGACAAACUGACAAGAAAUAAUGUCUAUGACUCCAACUUGGAAACAGCUCUUGAAUGUGAAAAUUGGUUAGAGAAUCAGCAAGGAAAUCAGGAGAGACACUUGAGAGAGAUGUUCACCCACAUAAAUUCACUCCCUGUGGAAAGGGAUUGUGAGUAUGACAUAUACUGGAAAAACUUUGGCCAGAAAUCUCUCCUUAUGACUCAAGACAGAGUUCCCAAAGGAUCCUGUACUUUUCAUCCACUGGGAAAAAGACUGAAGCAGAAGUCAAACUUAAUGAAAAAACAGAGAACCUAUAAAGAGAAAAAACCUCAUAAAUGUGAUGAUUGUGGUGAACUCUUCACUUAUCAUUCAGUGCUGAUUCGACAUCAGAGAGUCCAUACUGGAGAGAAACCCUAUACCUGCAAGGAAUGUGGGAAAUCUUUUAGCCACAGAGCUAAUUUAACUAAACAUCAAAGAACUCAUACAAGAAUUCUCUUUGAGUGUAAGGAUUGCAAGAAAGCCUUCACAGAAAGUUCAGCUCUUGCGACACAUCAAAGAAUUCACAUUGGAGAGAGACCUUAUGAGUGCAACGAGUGUGGGAAAGGUUUUAACCGAAGUACACAUCUUGCACAACAUCAGUUAAUCCAUACUGGAGUGAAGCCUUAUGAAUGUAAUGAAUGUGAUAAAGCUUUUAUUCAUUCAUCAGCACUCAUUAAACAUCAAAGAACUCAUACUGGAGAGAAACCCUAUAAAUGUCAAGAAUGUGAGAAAGCCUUCAGCCAUUGCUCAUCUCUUACUAAGCAUCAAAGAGUUCACACUGGAGAAAAACCAUAUGAAUGUAGUGAAUGUGGAAAAUCUUUCAGCCAGAGCACACACCUGGUUCAGCAUCAGAGGAUUCAUACUGGAGAAAAGCCCUAUAAAUGUAAUGAAUGUGGAAAAACUUUUAGCCGGAGUUCAAAUUUUGCUAAACAUCAAAGAAUUCAUAUUGGAAAGAAACCCUACAAAUGUGGUGAAUGUGGAAAAGCCUUCAUUCAUUCAUCAGCUCUUAUUCAACACCAGAGAACUCAUACUGGAGAGAAACCCUUUAGAUGUAGUCAGUGUGGGAAAUGCUUUAAGUGCAGUUCAUCCCUCAUCAGACAUCAAAGAAUUCACAGUGAAGAACUGCCCUGAAAAAUUAGUGAAUGUGAAUAAAAGCAAGUUGGAUUUAU